AUGUCGUUGACGGGCGUGGGGAUGUCGGAGGAGGUCUGGCUCACUCGCAUCACCCACCCAUUGAGUACCGAGACCAAGGAGAUCAUGGGACUUCUCCGCGGGGACAUCAAAUAUUCAAACGGUGGUAAUACAACUUUUUUAAUCUGGGGUGUCUCCCUACAGAUGCGGUCUGAUCAUCGCAAAGACCGAGUGAAGACUAAUCCUGAAUUGUUGGCUGCGGCAUCUCUACAAGAUGAGAAGAUGACACUGACAACAGGAAGAACAACACAAGUGAUUGGAUGGUACCACCCUCAUCCUCAUAUCACUAUACUUCCAACUCAUGUAGAUGUUCGUACACAAGCAAUGUAUCAAUUGCUGGAUGCUGGUUCUAUUAGGCUGAUACUUUCUUGCUUUAGUAAGGAUGCUCAGAAAGUUGGGAGGAUUCAGGUUAUUGCAUUUCAAUCCCUGAAUAGAAAAGAGAUGCAUGUUACACCUUUUAGCACUAGGAAGCAAAGAGAUAGAGGAAAUUCUCUUGUAGCAUAUACUGGUGAUAGCACAUUUGACACAAUAGCUGAUACAGAUUCUAUGGACAUGACACCAAGCAUAGCUGAUGCGGUUAUUGAUGACCUUGGGUGGGAUAGGGAUGUUGUUCUUGCUAUGGCCGGCACCGCACUAGGACUGAGGAAGCAAAGGAGGAGAAGUGGUGGUGGAACACUACAAUGGUGGGUUCUCGUAAGGUGUUCACAGGGAUCGGAGUUUGGUUUCCCGUUGUGUAAAAUGGAUGAGGAGGAGAAGAAUGAUGAGAUUGAGGGUGAAAGCGAUGUUGACGAUGACAGUGAGUUGGGUUUAAAUUUGGAUCCGAGAUUCCUGUUCCAAGCCCGAAAGUCAAGUUUUGAUUGA